CGCUGCAGUUCUAAUGUGCCCGCCCAGUCUCAUCACCGGCCAGACGGACACAAGAAAAAGGGGGGACUUUAACGGGACUGACCGACCGGCAUGGAUAUCCACUGCUGGCUGCUGCUGAGCUGGAAGUGUCUGCUUCCGUGAUCGAUCGCCACCAUGGAGCAGAGAUAACCACAAGCAUUUUUAUUGCGCCCGCCACGGCCCCGAGUGCGGUGUAAACAUGGGAGUAUGGCGCAGCCUGCGAGUGGCCUUCCUCCUGGGGUCCCUGUUUAUGAUUCUGCUCAUCAUCGUCUACUGGGACGAUGUGGGCGGAUUCAGCCUCUACCCCUUUCAGGAGCUGAAACACGGGUCCCUCCACUCUGGCCGCUGCACCACCUCACCGGCCAUGUCCACCAUCAGCUCGCAGACCGGUGCGUCCGGCACCGUCCCCACCCCCCCGUCCACCGCUGCUCUCGGCUACCAAGCAGCAGCUCAGAAACGUAGAAAGGAGGAGCAGAAGCAGGACAAAUCAAGGGAGUAUGAGGGCAAGAAGAGGGCUCCCGUAGCUACAGUUGACGGGGAACAGGAGGAGAGAAAGAGGAGGGUUAUGGAUGUAUGUUCAGGAAGGGACACACUGGAGUUCCCUGGAAGGACUCGGGCGUUUGAGCAAAUCCCCAACAGAGAGCUGGACCACCUGAUCGUGGAUGACACGCACCAGAUUAUCUACUGCUAUGUUCCCAAGGUGGCGUGCACCAAUUGGAAGAGAGUCAUGGUGGUUCUGUCUCAGUCUUUAAUCUCGCCGUCCUCAGGAAAACCCUACACCGACCCAGAGGCCGUGCCCUCCGACGUUGUGCACAACUCCUCCCUCCACCUCACCUUCGCAAAGUUUUGGCGCCAUUAUGGUUCACUGUCUCGCCACCUGAUGGCACUCAAGCUCCAGCACUACACCAAGUUUCUGUUUGUGAGAGACCCCUUUGUGCGCCUUAUCUCUGCCUUCAGGAACAAGUUUGGAAGGCCCAAUGAGGACUUCUACAGGCAGUUUGGUUCAGUCAUGCUGCAGCAGUAUGGUAACAUAUCAGGGAGUUUGCCACAGACGGCUGCUGAGGCGUUUGCGGCCGGAAUCAAACCGACAUUUCAGCAGUUUAUCACAUAUCUGCUAGAUCCAGAGACCGAGCGGGAAAGCAUCUUCAAUGAGCACUGGCGGCAGGUUUACCGGUUGUGCCAUCCAUGCCAGGUGAAAUAUGACUUCAUUGGACGACUAGAAACCCUUGAAACCGAUGCGGAGCAACUACUGAAGCUUCUGAAGGUGGAUCAUCUGCUACGCUUCCCCUCAGGGGCCCGAAACCGUACCGCAGCCAGCUGGGAAAGAGACUGGUUUACACAGAUACCUAUUACCAAGAGGAAAGAACUUUACAAGCUGUAUGAACCAGACUUUGAGCUGUUUGGUUACCCUAAACCCGACGGCAUGCUCCACCAAUAGACCACACCGAAUCUGAGGCCUGGGGAAUGCACGGUGUGAAGAACCCAUGUGUUGCCUACCUGUGCACAGCCAGUUCAUGCCUUUAAGACCAGCCUUUUCAAUGUAUCUCAUCUGUUUUUUCCAUUCCUCCUAUGUGAGAAGUGCCUGCCAGUAUUAUUUAUCAUUUAAUAUUUUAAGCGCACAGCUUAUAAGUUACUUUAUCCGAGUCUGGUGUCCCCAUGAAAAUGCACUUUGAAUUGUACAUUGUGAAUAGUACUGUAUUUUGGUAUGUCAUGGAUGAAGCUGUGGGGCUCUGUAGGAAGAAAUCGCUUAGGAGAAAUGUUGCAGAAAAUAAAAGAGAUGGUAAAUAUUUUCACGUUAUUUAAUUGGACGAUGUUUUCAUUUGUUGUAAAAAGACACAAAUUACCAUUAGUUUUGUUUGAUAUACAAAACUAAAACUAAGGAUCCUACUUUUGUCAGUCAUUUCUGUCAAAAAUCUUAACAAAAGAGAUCAUAAAAAAAGCUUUGAGAAUGCCUUUCGACUUAGAGAAGUAUUGGUAUCUUUAGAAAACUGAAACGUUAAACAUUUCAGAAAAUAAACCAAAGGGAAUAAAACUAAACUCGUUGUAUCAGCACUAAUGAAAACACCGAGGAACUAGAAUACAUUUACCGGAGCAAACAUUUCCCUCCUUAAAGUCAGUUUAAGUGUAGAUAUGAAAAGACCAACUGAAGAACAGUUACAAUUUCAUGCUGAUGGAGGUACUUCCCAUAAAUUUGAGUCAUUGUGUGUAACUGCGGGAGACGAACAAUUAAUCCCUCCACGUCUUUCUAUUGCACAAAAAGCUUCUUCUGUUGCGUUGACAUUUGUCCUGUUGUCGGUUUCCACGUGUUCCAGUCCUUUCCAUGGCCCCGCCCACUCUUCUCCAAACUCGGCUUCUCAUUGGCCAGGACUCGUUGCGCUCAUCUCGAGGGGACAGGUGCUCGGGGUGGACACGGGGAUCCGGCCCCCGGCGCUUUGACAGUUUGUCGCUGACGUCACCGAGCCUUUCCCAACACGGAAAUAGGGAAAUAGUGACAGGAGCGGUUGCUAUGGUUCUAAAGUUUUACUCCCACCUAUAAGCUUUGCCACUUUUGCCCACUAUGAGCGCGUUUUCAGUGAUGGGAGAAGUCAUGCGGCUGCUGUGACGGCUGGACGUCGGCGCUGGAAAUGAAGAGAGAGUUCGACCUCUGUUGUUAGUUGAAUAGCUCUGGUCUUCGUUUUUUUGUCGGACCAUGAAACAGAGUGUUUUGGGGGUCAUGGGGGCUCUGGGACGCCUGCUGCUGUCUGUUCUCCUGCUGUCCUGGGAAGGCCAACUUUUUCAGGUUGGAGGAGUCAGGUCAGUCACCCUUCCGGAAUCCCUCCUGUUCGUUUCGACCCUGGAUGGUAGUCUGCAUGCCGUGUCCAAACAGACAGGGGACAUCAAGUGGACCUUAAGAGAAGACCCCAUUAUUCAUGUACCUGUCUACCUCACAGAACCAAGUUUCCUCCCAGACCCUAAUGAUGGCAGCCUGUAUGUACUUGGUGGAAAGCACAAGGAGGGCUUGAUGAAACUGCCUUUUACCAUCCCAGAGCUGGUUCAGUCAGCUCCUUGCAGAAGCUCCGAUGGCAUACUCUAUACAGGAAAGAAGCAGGAUGUGUGGUUUGUAGUGGAUCCUGAAACGGGUGAGAAGCAAACAAGUUUAACCACCUCCUCCUCUGAGUCCAUCUGCCCCAACACUCCUCUGCUCUACAUUGGGCGGACAGAGUACAUGGUCACUAUGUUUGAUACAAAGACACAGGAGCUGCGAUGGAGUGCCACGUACAAUGAUUACUCCGCCAUCCCUUAUGAUGAGAAGCAGGACUACAAAAUGGCCCACCUUGUGUCAAGUGGGGAUGGUCUUGUUGUUACAGUUGAUAGAGAGUCAGGUGAUGUCUUGUGGAGUCAAAACUACGGUUCACCGGUUGUGGGGGUGUACCUGUACUCUGGGGACACGCUGAGACAUGCCCCUCACUUGUCCCUUGCCAUGGAAACAUUACGAUUCCUAACAUUUUCCUCUGCCAAAAACCAGGAAGAAUCAGAGUCUACGCUGAAGUGGAGCUAUCAGUUUGUGAAAGACCAAGCCACUGCACAAACACAGCUAGUACCUACACUCUAUGUUGGAAAGCUGGACUCCCACCUCUAUGCCUCAACUUCUCUUGUCCACCAUGGAGUGUCAUUAGUGCCUCGGGGACUAACCCUAGCAAGGAUUGAGGGCCCAGUGACAGUUGGAGUGACAGUCAGUGAGCGAGGAGAGUGCGAGAUCACACCAUCAACUGAUGUGCGCUACCCACCAGGGAGCACAAACAGCAAGAAAAACCACUGGCUGCUCAUCGGUCACCAUGAACUCCCUCCAGUAGCUCACACCACCAUGCUGAGGGAUUUUCCUGCCUCUCUGCAUCAUUCUGGUGAGGCAGUUAUCCCCCCUCGAUCUUCUCCCCCUCCUGUCUCCUCUGCCUUCCACCACCACCAGCAGCACUAUUUUCAGAGCAGUGUCCACGGUGACUCUAAUGCUAACAAAGGAGGUGCUGAUAGCAGGACAACAGGACAGGCUCAGAGGCCGCCCACUGUCCUGCCUGUCUAUAUGACUCAGGACCAUCUGACAUUGGCUGUCCUGACAUUGCUGCUGGGAGGAUGGCUUGCAUUUGCAUUCACAUGUCCAAUUCAAACAGCAAAGCAUUUGAAAGCUCAAAGACAGCUGGAGGAAGCUUUUGAGUCCCACCUCCAGCAGAUGCAGACAGACACACUGACCCACAGGCAGACAACAAACAAUCAGACUUUAGAGUCUGCAGACGUAACGGCAUCUACUGACACAGAUAUCACGAGUGACUCUCCACCUGCAUCAACUGAUGCUCUACCUGGCCCUCACAGCCAUAGCAGUACCACCUCAGAUGUAGAUAAUGGCAACACUGACAACAGACCAGCUACAGGAAACAGUGAUGAAGUGCUGGUUGGAAAAAUCUCCUUUGUUCCGGUGGAGGUGCUCGGACAUGGCACAGCAGGAACUUUUGUCUUUAGGGGCAAAUUUGAUGGACGACAAGUGGCUGUAAAGCGAAUCCUGCCGGAGUGUUUUGAGGUAGCAGAGCGGGAGGUUCAGCUGCUCCGGGAGUCUGACACACACCCGAACGUCAUCCGAUACUUCUGCACAGAGAGAGACCACCUCUUCACUUACAUUGCCAUCGAGCUGUGUUCCGCAACCAUGCAACAGUAUGUGGAGGAUCCAUCUUCCUUUCCGGAGCUGAAUCCCGUAACCCUGCUGGAACAGACUAUGUGUGGUCUCCAGCAUCUCCACUCACUCAAUAUAGUUCAUCGAGAUUUAAAACCUAGAAACAUUCUCCUUUCGGGUCCAAGUGCACUGGGUCAAGUUCGAGCGCUCAUCUCAGAUUUUGGUCUCUGUAAGAAGAUUCCAGACGGUCAGAGCAGCUUCUCGUUGCGGUCUGGAAUACCAGGAACAGAAGGAUGGAUAGCUCCCGAAGUACUGCGAGAUACACCUGGAAUUAAACCAACAGCUGCAGUGGACGUUUUCUCAGCAGGCUGCGUGUUUUACUAUGUGGUCAGCAGAGGGCAGCACCCCUUUGGUGAAACGUUGAGACGACAGAUAAACAUCCUGUCAGGAGAAUACUCACUCUUGCACUUUAUGGAGGACAUGCACGAUGAUGUCAUCGCGCGGGAUCUGAUCGAACAAAUGAUCAGUGCUGAGGUGGAGUCACGUCCCUCCACCGCCUGUGUGCUCAAACAUCCAUUCUUCUGGAGUCCUGAGAAGCAACUGCUCUUUUUCCAGGAUGUGAGUGACCGCAUAGAGAAGGAGCCAGCUGAUAGUCCCAUAGUGGUCAGACUGGAGACUGCGGGACGAGCAGUGGUUCGUACCAAUUGGAGGAUGCACAUCUCUGUGCCUCUGCAGACAGAUUUGAGGCGGUUCAGAACAUAUAAAGGAAAUUCCGUUAGAGAUCUGCUCAGAGCUAUGAGGAAUAAGAAGCAUCACUACCAUGAGUUGCCACCUGAAGUGCAGGAGACUCUUGGAGAGCUGCCUGAAGGCUUUGUCAGCUACUUCACCUCACGAUUUCCACGGUUACUGAUGCACACACAUGCUGCUCUGCACAUCUGUGCCCAUGAGAGGCUGUUUCACCCCUACUAUCUGCCCCCCAAAGCCAAAUAGCUUUCAUAUGACUCCGGACUCUAUGCUCCAUAUGCGCAGAAAAAAAAAUCCUUGACAGAACACGGUUAUUGCUUUUGUAAAGCCCCUGCUGUUUUUUUUUCUUCUCUGAAAGGUUACAGUGCUGUGAAAAAGGUUUUUAUACAGCUGUGCUUGUUUUAUACAUUUAUUUAAUUGUAUUUUACUCAGCCCCUCCUAACAAAGGCUUUGAAAAGAUCUUAAAGAAAACAUUUUUUGAGCCUCUGGAAAAAUUUGUUUCUGGGAAACAACAGCGAAGAGAAUAUUGAAACUGUUUUAGGAUAAAAAAAAACAUAACUAAUAACAACCACUUCGACAGUGGAAAUUAUUUUAAAGAGUGGUAACAACAUGCCUCUGUUAAAUCAAGUUAAUGUAUAUUUGACCAAUUACAACAAUUAGAUCAAGUAUACGGAUUUGUUUAAAUGUCCUAAUCAGACCUACUCAGAGCUCAUGUUCAGGUUGUCAAAAGAGAGUAACUCAGAGAUUAAAUAUACUGGAAGAGGAAUGUUUAUCAACUGUAGAAUCAUGUGUGAUAGAUUUACUGCUCUGACUAAUACUGUAGACAGCUCAUCCACAGGACCACUGCUAUUGUUUAAAAAAAGGGAAAAAACGUAAUAAUCUGUACAGUGUUACAAGGCUUGCAAGUCAAAUUUUGUACUUUUUUUUUCUUUAAACGAGUUCAAUAAACCAAUGCUUUGGGUGUGCCAAAGAAUAAAGUUGAAACACGUUU